UGCACACCCACAGCUUUUAAGCUAUGGAUUUGUUCUGCCCACCCCUUCACCUCUUCAUUUUUAGUGCCAUAGCCUACUCUUCUCUUUGCUCUUCUCAUUCUACUUUCUCUGUAUAUCCCAAACUCUUUCUCCCUUCUCUCUUAUUUGAACAAAAAAUCCCAAGUUCAUAACUUUCUGAAAAUGGGGAGUAUUUCCCCACAUACUCAAUUCAUUUUCUGCAUUCUUACUCUCCUUUUCCUUUCACUCACCAAAAAUUCUCAAGCCAUGUCAACAAUCACAGCAAUGGCCAAAGACCAAAUUUCUUGCACAAUGUGCUCUUCUUGUGACAACCCUUGUCAGCCAAUUUUAUCCCCACCACCCCCUCCCCCUCAAAUCUUUCCACCCCCACCCCCACCCACACCCACACCCACACCAUCUCUUCCUCCACCCUCAUCAUCUGGCUAUAUUUGCCCACCGCCGCCACCAGCUUAUGUGUCACCGCCAGGCAAUGGCGGCGACAAUGGUGGCAGCGGUGAAAGUGGUGGUGGAAAUUAUUCUCCAUCGACCAAUAAUCCUGGAUAUCCCACUCCACCACCUCCAAAUCCAAUUGUACCAUAUUUUCCUUUCUAUUUUCACAGUCCUCCACCACCUAACUCCAAAUCCAUUCAGUUUGUACAAUGUGCAGAUAGCAAGAAGAAAGGGCUAAAAGAUAAAGAAGAGGAGCAAGAAGUAGUGGAGUAAUAAUUUGGGGUGCCAACUAUUUCCAUAAAGAAAGGAUCUUGAUUGAUGACAUGACAUUUUUCUGAAAAAAAGCAGUAAUCUUUACUAUUUUCUUUUCCAAAUGUUGGUGAUAGAAUAAAGUGGCUUUGAGAAUUAUUAUGGAAUUCCUGAGCCACAUUCUUUAGUUGUAUACUUGUAAUCUAGAAUGAACUUAAGGAUGGAAAAACCUUCAAUAUAUAUGUUGUAUUUUGCACCAUCAUUUCUUCAAAAUAUACAUCAAGUUCUCUAAUAUUCAUGUACUUAUGA